AUGUUGACUCGGAAAAGUGGGCUGAUCCUUCGUAAAUGCGACGCGAACGAGCGCGUUGGAGGUAUAUCUGCUAAAUGCGUGUUCACUCUACACGUUGGGACUGUUAUCUUGUCUGAUCAGGCAGUGAUAAGCUCCCGUGGCAAAGCGUUAGCGUUAACUUGGCGAUUCUACGAUCAGCCACCGAGUAUGACCCAUCAGCUCGCAGGACGAGUGAUGCAUUUUGACUUCUCACUGGAGUAUGACACACGGCUAUCUCAGAACUUUCUAGAUUAUCUCAAACAUGAUGAGAUGCCAAUUAUUGUAUGUGAGAUAGACAAUCAAAAAAAGCCCUUCGCGAGCUGCCUUCUGCCAUUGCGUGACGCGUUGUUGCACACGAAUAGAAGAGUCGAUAUGUCGUUGGCCCUGAUUUCCAGUACUGGUAUUAAGAAUAAGGAGGCAUCGAUGAAUAGCUUUACAAUGAACGAGGAGUUGGGGGUGUUAGAUGUGUGGUGUAUGCUGCGGGUACCACCCAGCAUGAUGGGAGUCAUCAAUGACGUCAUCUCACAGACCAUCGCAAGUUUCCAUCAUCACCCGUCAUCCAUGGAGAGGAUAGUUGAUGAUGAUCACUCGGAUUUUCACCUGGAUCAGGACCUCAACCUGCGUAGAACGAGUAAAACACAACUAACAGAAUCGAAAUAUUCAUACGAUUCAGAAAAUAUUUACGACAUAAUGAACUCCAAGAAAUGGCGGAGAUCGAGUGCUUUAAAACAUGCGGACGGACUUCACAAGAAGUCGGUGACUAUUCUGCAAAAAGUACCGCGAAGACCAACAUCUUUGCCGACUUCACAGCUAAUUGGAAAACUAUCAGAUGAUAAUAACACCUUGGAUAUAACGAUUCUUUGGCUAGCGUUAAACGAAGAGUGUCGAGCGAUGAACGAUCCAAUUGUCAAGCGUAUAUAUGUAGCUUUCGCAUUUCUGGGCAAAGCCGGUGCGGAUAUGGAAACGCCUAGUAGUUUGCCAAAGCCGAGGAAUUUUAUGGAUAAAUGCCAUUUUAAUUUUAGGAAAUCCUUUGCGAUAAACGAAAGCGACGUGGUGGUAGUGGGGCAAAUGGCACAUCACCGCCAGGAUAACACCACGUCUCCUGACCCAAAGGAUUGUAUUAUCUUUUCCAUCAUCAGCGAACCACCUGAAGAUCCACUCGGAUUGGAGAGCUGUGAGGAUAUCGGCUACGCCUACCUGUAUCUCGGCGAUGCAUUAUCUUCAAAUGGCAACACUUACACUGAGGUGCUGCCUAUCCGGACUACGGACGAGGCCUAUGUGUGUGGCCGAUUAGCUGUAAGGGUCGACGGGCUGGCAGUCAUACGGGCCUGUGUCGAACGAACACGCUCGUCCAAGUAG